CUCCGCGGCCGGCGGCCCCGCCCCGUCCCGCUACAGGAGCCGCGCGGGGCGACGGCGGCGGGUGCGUCAUGGCGGCGCCGCUGAAGCAGUGCCUGGUGCGGCGCAACGGCGCGCGCGAGCAGCACGGCGUGGCCGCCUCCUGCCUGCGGGAGCUGCGCGACAAGGCUGGCGGCGUUCUGGCUAUUGGCGAGGCCGGGGAGCCCAUCACCUUGGUGCUGGCAGAAGACGGCACCAUCGUGGACGACGACGACUACUUCUCGUGCCUGCCCUCCAACACCAAGUUCGUGGCGCUGGCCAAGAAUGAGAAGUGGUCCAGCAGGAACUCGGGUGGUGGUACUGCCUGGCUCUCAGAGUCUAUAGAUGAAGUGGACAGUGCUGUAGAGAAGUGGAAGCACCUGGCCAGGCAGCUGAAGGAUGACCUGUCUAAUAUAAUCUUGAUGUCAGAAGAAGACCUCCAGGUGCUUAUUGAUGUACCACGUUCAGACCUGGCGGAGGAACUUGAGCAAAGUCAACCCAAAAUCCAGGUUUUACAGGACACCCUGCAGCAGGUGCUGGACAGACGAGAAGAAGAACGCCAGUCAAGACAGCUCCUGGAACUCUACCUAGAGGCCUUGAAAAAUGAGGAUAGUAUCCUCAGCAAAGUAGCAGAAUCUGAGACUGUACCAAGAAAGGAGAUGGAUGUGGUUGACACAGGUACCAGCAGUACAGGCAUUUCGGCCAAAACUGCACUCAGUGACCAGAUCCUUUCUGCUCUGAAAGAGAAACCUGCCCCAGAACUCUGCUUGGACAGUCAAGAUUUAGAGCUGGUUUUCAAAGAAGACACAGAAGCCCUGGCCUUGGCUCUAAGCUGGGACAAGCAGAAAGCUGAAGCUCUGCAGCAAGCCUGCGAUCAGGAGCUCUCUAAACGUCUACAACAAGUGCAGACUCUGCAUUCCCUGAGGAGCACAUCAAGGGGCAAGAAAACACUACCUUGGGGAGACUGGCUUAGUUCAAAACGUAAAAAAUAAGGCUGCGUAGCACUGUUUCAAGUGUCAAGGAAAUACAAGUCUUUUUGCAUUAGAACCAACACAAGCAAGGUAUGUCCUGGGAACCACAGUUUGCUGGUCAUACUGUGGUCUGGCUCCAGACAACUAAAAUCUGGACAUUGUCCUGAGGCUUAAACUCCUCUGUAACCAAAGGGAUUUUGUCUUUCUGCAGAAUACCAGAACAAUGGUUUUGCUAACUAUAGCAUGCAAGGGUUCAGCUCUGAAUACUGGGUUGUGAGCCAGAAACUUCCAUCUGGUAAUACUGGAUCUAUCCUCUGAAGCCUCGGGCAAUUUGCUUACCUUGUCUUCCUUCUUUUACAAUGAAAAUGGUGGGAAAAUGUCUAACUGUGCCUCAAAAUGUCCUUUUGAGGUAAUGAUUAGAAAGAGGGCACUUCGAGGAUUGCUCACUGAAUACACACUGCUCAUUCUUUGGUAGGGUUUAUUGUGAUUGGGUCUAGUUAAACUGUCAUCAUGUGGCUUUCUUUUUUUCCAGUUGCUGUCUGGCUCUGAGCUCCAGCCUGGGAUCUAGGAACUUGAAUUCUCAUGCUAAUUUCAUCAAUGAAAGUAAAACUAAAACUCUUUAAUUUCGUUGCUGUUUCUGCAAGGUACUCCUGCCUCUUGGGUGCAGUAUAAGCACUAAUAUUUCUAAAAUAGAGCAAAAGUGGAAAUGCUUGUUUUGAAAGGCUCUGGGGCGUAAGUCUUGUAUUGGGCCUGUCUGUAUUCCUGUCUUAAAUCAUUGGCACAGUAUCAUGACACUUUUUGUAUUAACUGGCUUAUUUUUAAAUUGGUUGAAGUGGUAUUCCUAAUGUCAUUAAAACUGUUUUACCAUA